AUGCGUCAGAUCCAGAAGGAGCUGGGCAUUGAGAAGGAUGAGAAGCAGACGCUGACCAACCAGUUUCGGGAUGCCAUCCAAUCCAAGGAGGUGCCAGAAGACGUGCAGAAGGUCAUCGACGCAGAGCUGGCGAAGCUGAAUUCUCUGGAGCCUUCGUCUUCGGAAUUCAAUGUCUGCCGCACCUACUUGGAGUGGCUCACUUGCCUUCCGUGGGGUGUGUUCACAACCGAAAACCGCGACAUCAAACACGCCGAAACAGUCCUGGAUGAGGACCACUAUGGCUUGGAGGAUGUGAAGGAGCGGAUUCUGGAGCACAUCGCCGUGAGCUUCCUGAAGGACUCGACCCAAGGCAAGAUCAUGU